GGGGUAAAACCGGCUGCAUUUCUCUAGUACUCCCUAUGAAAGAAGUACGAGUAUAAAUUGUCGUCAUCGUCCCACAUAGAUGACGCUACUUGAUAGUUGACACGCCUUAAAUCCCCAAAUAUACCAACCACCGUAAAUCCACCACCAGGUGCUGCUCUGUUCGCCAUUGUCACAGCCGACCAACGCCUUAACCUAUUCUCCUCUGCUAGCAACGUCAAUCAGCCCAAGUCCGUGCCCACUAUAGCCACUUUCGCACAGUUCACCACCAAUCAGCCACCUUCAUUUACCCCUAUACCUCCAUCUUUCGUACUCUUUAAUUUCUAUUAUAGUUCAUAAAAACCCAAACCUCUAUUUCACAAGGUUGUCUAUGGUGAUGAAGAGAAAUGAUUCUUGUGGUAACUUCAAUUUUUAUUCAACAUCUACAAGUUUGCAAUUCGAUUCGUAAAUCAAAUAGUCUGCUUUCUCGAUUCCUCGUGAUGGGUCUUCGGUGAGCCGACAAUAUAAGUAGAGACUCAGCGGCUGCUUUUCAUUCUCCUCCAUAUCGUUCCCUCCCAAAAAUCAAUUGAGCUGGUGGAAAAUAUUGUGCUCUGAAUUAAAACAUCAUCAACUUGUAAUCAAGGCUUUGGCAUCGUUUGGUUGAUUCAAUUACUGUCAUCAUGGGGAGUCUCUGAUUGUUGAUAAAUAUAUGUAAUUUAUCUUCAAUUGUGUGUAAAAUGUCAUGAUGAUAAAGCACUCUAUGAAUUGUGAGCAUCUAGCACUUCUUUUGAAUCAUAUAUCUAUAGCAUCUCUGGAUCAAUAAAAGAAAUUUGGUUUGUCUCUGAAGAUUUCUUACUAAGUUGAUACUUAUAGUGGUGAUUUGGGCUGAAGAGUGAAAUUUUGUGGGUUUUCCUGACUUUGAAUCUAGAUCAAAGGAAGGAGGCACAAUUUGCUUAUUGCUGAUGAAGGAGGACUGACAUUUUCUGAAUUUUUUGAAUUUUUGGUCUGUUCAGGAUUCAGAUAUGUAUCGUCAGUUUCGACUACUACCCAUCAUUUACCGGGGAUUUAUUCAACGAGAUUUUAAAUGUAAAUUAGGAGAAGUACCCCAGUAUCAAUUUCUGAGUUCUUGUCAUGUAUUUGUUCCAUGUUUUACCACAAACCUUUCCAUGUUUCGUGCUUUCCACCUUGAACAAGUUUCAAUUUCAGACAGUCAAGAAACAGAGUUUCAUGAAUUGCAAAGUGAUUCUGAAGAACAAUCUAUCCAUAUUGAUAAGAUGGCUUUAAGGAUCCAAAGUUUGCUUAAACAUUUCUCAGAUAACACAAAUAAUGAGCUUGUUCAAGCUCUUGAUAAGUGUGAACUAACACUAAGUGAGAGUUUGGUGCUUGAGGUCAUUAGACGGCAUCAUUCAGAUUGGAAAUCAGCAUUUCAGUUCUUCAGGUGGGUGUGCAAUAAUCCAAUUGGGUAUUUUCCGGGUUCAAAGGCUUACAAUGAAAUGCUUGGGAUAUUAGGCAAGGCAAAGAGAUUCAAGGAACUUGAACUGCUGUUUGAUGAAAUGUCUAAAAGAGGUGUUCUUAAUGAGAGGUCAUAUGGGAUUGUGGUUCAUAGGUAUGCUGCUGCCCAUAAGAUUGAUGAUGCUAUUAACUUUUUCUACAAGCGGAGGCAGUACGGCCUUGAGCUUGAUUUGAUUGCUUUCCAAACGCUUCUGUUGUCUUUGUGCCGGUACAAGCAUGUUGAGGCUGCUGAAUUUGAGUUCCAUUCAAAGAAAUCUGUGUUCCAGUAUGAUACCAAGACUUGGAAUAUCAUCCUGAACGGGUGGUGUGUGCGAGGUAAUUUACGUGAAACAAAGAGGUUUUGGAAUGAUAUAAUUCGUUCCAAGUGUAAACCCAACAGAGUUACCUAUGGGAUUUUUAUAAAUGCGCUAUGCAAGUCCGGGAAAAUUAGUACUGCAGUGAAGUUGUUUCAAGCUAUGUGGGAGCAGGGCUGCACCCCGGAUGUGGUUAUUUGUAAUAGUGUCAUUGACGGGCUGUGUUUUAAGAAAAGGAUCGGGGAAGCCCUUGAAAUACUGCAAGAGAUGAAUGAGAGAGAUUGUCAGCCUGAUGUUGUGACUUACAAUUGUCUUAUUAAACAUUUAUGUAAGAUUCAGAGGAUGAAGAUGGUCUUUCAACUCUUGGAAGAAAUGGAGAGGAAGGGGGGACAAUGCUCACCGAAUUCUAGAACGUAUAGUCACUUGUUGUCAUCUGCAAAGACUCUUGAGGAGGUUCAAAGUCUUCUAGAAAGAAUGAAAUCAAAUGGGUGCAAGAUGACAGGAGAUUUGUAUAAUCUUUUAUUGAAAUUGUAUAUGAAUUGGAAUUGUGAGCAACUGGUUCAGUCAACUUGGGCUGAAAUGUUGAGAGACGGUUUGGGACCUGAUCAGCGAUGUUAUACGAUCAUGAUCCAUGGGCGGUAUGACCAAGGAAGACUUCAAGAUGCUUUGGAUUAUUUCAGCGAAAUGACAUCUAAGGGAAUGGUGCCAGAGCCGAAGACAAAUUUGUUGGUUGAUGCCAUGAAAAUAAAAACGAAGGAGAAAACUGCUGAAGAAACCACUGAUCUGAAAGAGUGUAGACAUGAGCGUAGGAGGGAAAACCGAAGAAGGCAAAGAUAAUCACUCGGUGAUCAACCUUUUGCAAUAUUGAACAUUUCCUAGGCUGCAUUUGAUCAUCUUCUGAUAUUGCAGGUAUUCUUCUGUGAAUCUUCAGUUUAGUUUAGUACUACAGGUUUUCAUUUUGGUUACACUUAUGUCUAAUGUCAUCUAUGGUCUACUCCCAAUAAUAGUAAUAGAUAAUUGUAUAUAAAUUGCACCAUGAACAUUGUUAAUGUUACAAACAACGCUAGAGCCUCAAUCCCAAAAUAUUGGGGUCGGCUUAUAAACCAAUAUACAAAAUGUACUAGUCGUCCAUAUGAAUUAUCUUUCUCCAUUCAUUUCAGUUCUCAGCCAUAUCCACUUCUAAAUCUAGUGCUACUCUUGUGAGAGAUUGUCUCUCUAUAAGACGAUUUCAAAGCAAGAAGUUUAUGCUUAUAACCUUUAUUAUUGUGCUGUUUAACCCAUGUAUGAGGCCUGUCUCACGAUAAGACCGUCUCAUACUAGAAUUUGUCCUAAAUCUAAGUUUUACAUAUCAUUUACCACUCCUAUAACAUUGCUAAUGCUACAGAAACUAUAAUUAUAGUCAAAGUAGCAACCUAAGAAUUAGAUGGUGGGGUUGUCAUUAAAGUAGGGCUAAAGACAACGGGGGCAUAAUCUCUUGGUGUUUUGUUGGAUUUAUGUAUAGUGAGGGUGUCAUAUCUUGUUCCACUCCUACGCAACUGAUGGACAGGAUGGGUCAUGGGCCAAAUAAGGAUUAUUCUGGGCCUGCUUGCCUAGCAAAGACCACAUUUUUCAGGCCAGGCCAUGUGAGUAUUGACAUUUUUUCAGGCACAGGCCAUUUAUUAGUUGGAGACUCACCAGCUUUAUUUGGUUCUUGCAUCAUAUUUCGAAUUGAGAUUAAGAUAAAUAUUGAGAACUGAAGACGAAUGUAGGACACGUGGAGGGAUUAUAGAAGAUUUCCAAUAUAACGACCUUCAUCAAAGUUCGACCCUGAGCAUUUUUCGUUUAAGCUUUCAUAAUUUUUUUUAUCUGGUAAGCUGUAACAAAAUUUAGCAUUGUUGUUGGUUAUGUAAACAUUCCUCUUUUUUCUAAUGUUGCGUCUUUUAAAAAUUCUUACAUAAAAAAUAAGCGUAACAAUUACCAAAAAAAAUAAUAAUAAAUUAAAGAUAUUUUAGAAAAUAUUAGUAUCUUCGACGUCCCUCAAUUUUUGCAUAUGACACCACCUAUAAUACCCAAUUGAAACCCAUAGCUUGUAUCACUUUCCUACAUUGAUUCUCCCUGCAAUAUCCCAUUAAAAUAUCUACUCAUCAACUUUUCUUAGUCUUUGUGUCAUCCCACUGAAGAGCAAUAUCAGGGACAGGGGAGUAUUUAAUAGCUCAAUUGACUUUGAAAGGAAGCAAUAAUUCUCUAUGUUCCAUUGAGAUUGCUAGUGUGAUAUUGUUAGGCCGUGACAAUUUGUCACAUAAUCACCCCAUUGGCCCAUUCAUGUGGACAUACCCACUAGGCAGCCGUGGGCUCGGGCCUAUAACCCACGUGUAAUGUGCUUUAACUUGUAUACAACACUUGAUGAGUUUCACUCUUUUUCCAAACCCUAUGUUAUUAAGAGGAUUACUCACCAUAUAUUAUAUAAAAAUUUAGAACCCAAUAUUUUAACGAUGUGCAACCUUCCUCAUAUGUGAAGUAUUUUCAACACCCCCUUCACAUAUGAGCCUCAUAUCUAAGAAUCAUUUUCGGCGAUGAUAUCAUGUUAAAUUUGGACUUGUACACAAAACUCAUACAAGAGGAGAAUUAAAUGCACACAAAUCUGAUGAGAUUCAUCCUAAAAUCAAUUGGUUAUAGGAGGAGAAGCCUAUCAAACUUAUAUGUUACUUAACCACCCUCUAAUUAUACGAUAUGGGAUCACAUGAAGAUUAUAAUUUUCAACAGAUAUAUUAUACGAAGAAAUGUCAUAAUUGGUAGCAAUACUUGUUUAAAAUAAGAAAUAAAAGGGGUCUAUUUGUGGGCGCAGAAGAAUUGGCUGCCAAUGCCAUUGUGUAUGGACAUAAAUAUUGAUGAGUGACUCAAAGAAAAAAGGAGACUGUUUUAUGUGAAGCUGAUUAAAUCUCAUGUCAUGUAUAUGUCCAUAUCAUGCCCUAAUAAACUCUAUGUGAUUACUGAUUAUUAUAAUACACAAAUUAAAAUAAAAGAUAUUCUUUUUCGAUCAUCACUAAUCUGAAAUGUCCUAUGAUUUCUCUAUCCCUUAUCAAUGGACCCAACAAAUUAUUAAAUCUGAUUGGCAUAGCAUCGCUGGAGCUAAAUUAAUGUGACAAUUAUUGGUUAUAAAUCAACUAUUAAAGAAAAAAGUAACAUGUGAUAUUUUUUUGAAAUAAUCUUCUCAUUUCAUUUCUAUGUUUAAUAUAUUUAAUUAAAGUUGGAAUAAAGGAUUUUACAAAUUACGUCUUUUGUAUUAUUGAUGCGAACCUUUAGUAUAUAAUAAUAAUAAUAAUAAUAAUAAUAAUAAUAAUAAUAAUAAUAAUAAUAAUAAUAAUAAUAAUAAUAAUAGUAAUUGAUAUGCUUUAUUGUGAUCCUUAUUCGUUAAAUUAGGUUAAAUCGGACUAAAAUCGGACUGAAUCGGGAGAAAACUGAAUUUGACCGAGACUUAAUCGUAUAGAAUCGGUCCAAACUUCGGUCUUAAUAUAUUCAAAUAUCUGGUCUUUUGGUCCAAUGGGCAAGUGAACACCCUACUUGGAACUUACAUAAACAUACCUAAAUUUGUUGGAUAUUAUCUAGACUAAUACAAAAUUAUCAACCCCUAUUUUAACAUGUUACUAAGAUUAGUGAGUUUGUUGGAUUUAUAUGGAGUACUUCAAAAUUAUCAACUCCUAUGCUAACAUGUUACUAAGAUUGGUUAAUUAUGUAAAAGAAAUUUAUUUUAUCUGAACUUAUUAUUGUGAAUAGCCGUAUAAUAUUCCAUAAUGCUAAGACAUACUUUUAAAUAGUUAUUAAAGUACUUGAUGGGGAUUUAUGCUAAAGUCUUAUUAUAAAUUAAAUCUUAGAUAGUUAUUUUAUGAUUAAGGGUGUUUUUUUGUCCUAAAUCCAGAUGAAAAGGUUUUAAAAGGGGUAAAAUUGGAAUAAGAGAAGUUGCAAAAAUAGGUUUGGACUUAAAAGAUGAAUCCGACUCGACUUUAGGUGUUAUUUCAUAACAUAUUGUUUUUUCCUUAGCUUUUUUAGUUUUAAUGUUCUUGCAUGUAAGUGAUUACGUCUUAUAUAUUAAAAUUGGCCUAAUCACAUAGUUUUAGGCAUCCUAGUUUUCUAAUCGUCUUUAUCUCUCUAGAUUGCUUCGAAAUUCACUCUUUCGAAAUCUCUUUUAAUUUCUCAAUUGGUGAUCAUACCUCAAUGUAGCAUCUGCAAAUCCCCAUUGGAGUUUAGUUAUUGACAAUAAAGACAUUUAAACUAGACCGUGAUCGUAGCCCAAUUACGAGUGAACCAUGUAAAUUAUUGUGUGUCUGUUGAUUAAUUUUUUAUUGCUUUACAUUGUUGAUUUUUUAUAGUUAUUGAUUUUAUUUUUGGGUCUUAGUGUUCAAGACCAUUUUGAUCCAUUGAUCCUUGAUUGUGAGGCUCAAAUUCAUCUAGUUAUAUGCAAGUAAUUACCUAAAGCAAUAAAAGAGUGCAAGAUUUGGCAAAAUUCAUCUAACUAGUGCAACAUAAGCAACAUCCUUCUUAAUGGCUUACUUUAUUGAUUGUAGAAUAAAAAGGAGUUAACGACUCGAGAAAUCAUAAAGAAGAAUUAUAAUACGAGGGGAAAACUAAGAUUUAUGUGUUUGGAGAAAUUUUGUGCAGAUUUAGUGCACUUUAAAAUAGCGUGUAUUAAGUUUUAACAUUUAUUCCUACUCUAUUCACUUUUUAUUAUAUACUUCAAAGUAAUUGGAAAAAAAAACUUUUGAAAAAAAUAAUUUAAUUUAAUUUUUUUAAUUUUAAUUUUAAUUUUAAAAUUGUUAAAUUUUAAUUUUGAAUUUUAAUUUUAAAUUUUUUUAAUUUUAAUUCUUUUUAAUUUUUAAAAUUUUUAAGAGUGGAGUGAAGUGGAGUGUAAGAGUAUAAGAGAAGAGUAGAGUGGAGUGUAGUGGGGUGAAGUGUAAGAGUAUAAGAAUGGAUUGGAGGUGAGUGUAAAUGUACUUAGUCAUGGUUAGAGUUAUAUGGUGCUAAUGAGACUUUUUUGGGCUUUCGUUAAUGAGAAUAUUUAUAUAUUUAAAAGAGUAAAUUAGAAAACAAAACAAAAGAUGAAAAUAAUAUGAUAUAUUUUGACACGUAAUUUUGUGAUAACUUUUAUAUUUUGUGCUUUAUUAGGCAAUAUAAUCAAUGCUUAUCAUUCGUCUCUUUAUCGUCUCGAGUUGGGAGACUCUUUUGGUCGCGCUCUCCUUUAUGGGUAUGAGUUGCCGCCGUCUUUCCCUCCCCAGACCUUAUCUAUAGUUUUUCUAUGAGCGGGAUACAUUGGGUAGGAUGAUGAUGAUGAUAAUCAAUGCUUAUAUAAUUCAAAAUUUAAAAUAUAUCAUUGUUUAUUAUUCAAAAUAGAACUGAAUCAUAUCCUUAUUAACUAACGCUUUAGAGACUUUAGUUAGCAAGAUCAUUAUUAUUAGGAUUUUGCUAACGGAUACCCCCGAGGCGUUCAUUAACAAAGGAUAAAAUCAAUUUUAAAUGGUAAGCUAGAAUAUAUUCUAAACCUUUAAUAUACCUAAUAUAGCGUAAAAUUUGAAAUUUAUCUCCAAUUAUAUGUCAAAAUAUGCAUGUUAUAUUAUUUUUAUCUUUUAUACUGUAAUCUAAUUUUCCCCUUUUUUUUUCAAAAAUAUUGUUAAGAAACGCUCUAAAUUUGCCUUAUUAUUAGCAUUAAUUAAAGGUGUUUACAUAUACAAAUAGUCUCUUGUUUGUUAAUAGUUAGACAUCUAAUUCAUAACGAAAUGUUGUGUGUUAUCUUUGGUAUUAGGAUGCAAACAUGUAGAAUUUGUAGAAAUUGAAGUAUGGGAGACGACUAAGAAAACAAAUUCCGUCCAGUUUGCACAUAAAAAUUUAUAAUGCAAACUCGAAGGAAUAAUAUUAAAAAUUCUUAAUUUGUUAUCAAUUAUUAUUUAGAACGCAUGUGUUUUUCCAAUUGUUUUGGAACCUACUAACUUUAUUUGACGAAAAUGAAACUCUUUUGUUUAACUUAUUGUAUAUCUAAAAAAUAAAU